GUAAUUUAUUUGUAAAUAUAAUAUUUUGAAAAAUUCAAAGCUUAUAAUUUAAUAAACUAUAAGUCAUUGAUAACUCUUCGAAAUUAACUUUUGAUAUAUUCCACAUUUUCAAAUUCCAUCUCCAUAUAUAUAAACUAUAAAUUAUUGAUAACUCUUCGAAAUUAACUUUUGAUAUAUUCCACAUUGUCAAAUCCCAUCUCCAUAUAUACAUCUUUUUACAAACAUACAUAAUCAACAAAAUUAUAUAAAUAUAUAUAAUUAGGUUACACAUAAUUUGAAACAUAUAAUUUUACAUUUAACAAAUCUUUAUAUCUUUCAGUGGAAUUAUUCAAAAAUAAAAAAAUCCCGCAUUUUUAAAGCCCGGAUCAAAAUCUAGUAAAUGAUUAAGGUUCAGGUUAUUGGUUCAGUGGUUUGAUUAAAGAUUCAUUAAUACUUCUAUACCAGGAGUACCGUCAAUUUUGAAUUUUGUAUCUGACAUGAAGGCUCAGGUGAUGCAAUCAUACGUGAAUCUUCAUAAAGCAGGUAGAAUUGUCGAAAAAAUGGCUAGAGAUUUUAAAAGGGAUCUAAAGUCCGUAUGUUUAUUAUCUUAAUUUCCAUAAAACCCAAAAAUACAAUAAAAAUGUAUAUAGAUUAAUUAUUUGACAACAACAAAACAUUCAUAAAUAGGUUUAAAUGGAUUAUCUAAUAGAUACUAAUAGGUAUAACUAAACCAGCUUUAGGUUAACCAAUUUUUUGGAAUUGUUUUUGUUAUAUAAAGAGAAGAAAGCCGCUGUUAGUAGAAAAAAAAAAAAAGAUCAGAAAUGAUGAAGCUGCGUUUGAGACGUUACGAGACUAGGGAAACCCUAGAAUUUGAAUUGGCUAAUACAAGCAACCUCCAUGAUCUCUGCCAUCGGAUCAGUUCAUCUACGCCUUCCUCCGUUCACUUCUCGCUGAAUCGCAAUGACAAGCCGUCUCCCGAGGAUACGCUCCGAUCUCUUGGUAUGACUCCCGGUGACCUCAUUUACUACUACUCUCUACCUCCCUCUUCUCCGUUGGACAUUGAGAUCGUUGCAUCUGCUGGAAGCAAAAGGUUAAGCGUACCAUUCUUUCUGAAAAAGGUAUUACUCGAGAAAUCUGGUGAUGAAAGUGGCUUGACUACCUUGGCUACUUCAGUUCACGCCGUCAUGUUAGAGUCUGGAUUCAUGUUAUUAAACAAUCGUGGCUUCUUUGAUAAGUUUACCUUUUCUAAAGAUCUGCUUACUGUAUCCCUAAGGUAUACUCUCCCUGAGCUAAUCACCAAGACGAGGGUUGAGUAUGUGACUGUUACGUUUCAGAGCUUGAGCAAUACGGUCGUGGUCUACGGAUCGCUAGGAGGCCGUGGGGGUAUGGUGCAAAGGGUUAGUCUCAAUAAGAAUAAGUUUGUGUCCGUUAUUGAUUUGGUUGUGGAUACUUUGAAGUUCGAGAAACAAGCCUCUUGCAGCAGCUACCGCGAUGUGUUCACGUUCUGGAAGAUGGUGAAAGAUGGUCUUUCUAUCCCGUUGCUGACGUGUCUUUGCGAGAAGUAUGGUUUGGAACUUCCACCUUGCUUGAUGCAACUACCAACGGAGCUAAAGAUGAAGAUACUUGAGUUGGUUCCUGGCGACAGUGUUGCCAAAAUGGCUUGCGUAUGUGCGGAGAUGCGGUGUCUGGCUUCAGACGAUGGCUUGUGGAAACACAAGUGCUUGGAAGAAGCCAACCAUCUCGUUGUGAAUCGAUCAAGUGUUUCUUGGAAGGCAGAGUUUGCUGCUUUUUGGAAGCAACGCCAAAAAGUUAGAAGUGACAUGGAGAUAAGUCGUCGCAGCGUGACUAGUCCUGGGAUCAUUGCACAGUUCCGUAGACAACGCCGUCAACGCUGAUGCCCCUUUCUUUCCCUUUCCGAAUGUUUGGUGUUUUCCAUGUUAGAAUAAAUCCCUUGGAUAUUUUUUUAUUCUUUAAAUAGGUAUUUUGUUUA